CUGAAGACUGAAGAGUAUGAUUAAAAUUGUUUCGCUUGAUAGUCGUGCUUGUUUGUAAUAUUUCCAAGUGCAUUUAUUUAAUUAAUUCAAUACUUUUAAACUCUGAAAUUCUAGCGUAAUUUGUAAUAGUGUCUAUAAAUUAUUAUAAUAGCGAACGAACGUUAAAUCUGUGAUAUGUUUAUUUAAGAUUUAGACUUACAGCUGAUGUUUUGUUUGUUAUUAAAUCAAAUAGUUAUCUUUCUAUUUAAUAAUAAGAUUUCCUAAAUCUGGAUGUGUUUUCAGUUGAAAGUAGGCUCAUAUUGCCAUGACAACGGUAUUUUAACUAUGAAGUAAUCAUGUCAAAAGUGCUGUCUGCAUUGGGCGGUGCCCUCCCCGAUGAGAGACCUUUACUCUCCCUUCAAAUUGUUGAAAGUGUCGCUAAGUGUCCAACAGGAUACUGGCCAGUCAGCCGGACGUAUGAUGAGGAUGCCGACGCUGGCCUUCAGCGCCAGACAGGCUUAUUUGGAAAGAAGCCGAGUCAUUAUAUAUGCUUAUCUAAAUCAGAAGGUGUACCUGGGUACGUAAUGGAUGGGGUGGUAGUAGUGGGUGAGAGAGAAGCGACUCCGGCCGGGUACAGUGUAGCAGGGCGCGCCGGGAAGCGGCGAUUAUGCACCCGAGUGUCCAGAGUGGUCUCUGCGCCGCAUCCAGCUCCAACUGUGACUGAUGUUAUUGUUUGUUCGAGGAUGCGGUCGGCACCACAGGGGUUUUUACUUGCCGGCGAAAUAAAUGGCAAAGUAGUGUGCUAUAAGGUUAGCGGGGGGAGUGGCGAGACAUCGCCCACGCAUCAUGCGGAAUAUGAAAAUGUCAUUUCUAAUAACACGCCCGAAGCUAACAGGAGUGUAUCGACAUUUAAACAAUUUAAAUUGCUGUGGAAUGGAUGUUCGGGGUUACGACAAGUCCCCGAACGCCCACCAAAGCUAUCACCACUCGUGUCAGACCUCAACAAUUUGAAUCUGAAAUCUCCUUCAACGUACCCAAAAAUCGAGGAGUUCACAAGCGAUCACGAUUAUGAAGCCCUAAGUCCGUCAUAUAACAUCAAACCAGUGAGACCAGCGCCUCGGCCUCCGAAUAAGUCUCCGAUCCCCCACGGGAGCCCUGGGCCUUUGUCCCCGGGGCCUCAUGGGAGGAAAAAAGGCCCAGCGCCUUUACCUAAAGCCUCGAAUUAUCAGACCCUCGGUGGUUAUAAUGGAUUAGAGGGAGUUCCGUUUGUACUGAAUUCAAAGCUACGUGGUUUGCCGAGUGAUGCUUUGAACCAGUUCCCAGUGAUAAAGAAACGAAGUCGUUUUGACUUGGACCGCGAUUAUUCCUAUGCGUUCACCGUGGAGCGCCAAACGUGAAUAACUGUUUUCAAUUAAAUACUUUUUGUAUUACGUGCUAACGGCCCGUUUAUUCAAUGUUUUACGGACGUCUUGUUUUCCCGAGAAUUAAUAUUAAUUUUUUUUACGUGACGUUUAUGAGUAUACAAUAAGAGCGUAUUACAAUUUGACUGUCGUACGUACGUACGUACGACUACAACGUUCGUAGUAUGGUCGUUGGUUUAAAGUCAACUACUCAGUCGUUAAAACAUGCUUCAAACCGGUAAAGCGUAGUUUCUUGAAGACUUAUCAUGCGAAAGUUUUUUAUACACGAUUUUUCAACAUGGUAUUUAAUUUGAAUACAUAUUAAUAAUAUAAUAUUUUAUCUAGCUUGUGUGCGUAAUACCAGUUAGUUAUUGCUACGCGCGUUAGUGCGGCGGUUACCACGCGUUAUGAAAAAAUGUCUCAAAACCUUUAAUUAUGGUAUGUAUAUUGUAUAUAUAUAUUUUUGAAAUUCAAUACUCAAGGGCUUUUUAUGUAUAUAUUUCCUCCCUUUUGGGAUAGCAAGUUUGCUAUAUAUUGUUUUAAAUGUUUGUGGUUCGUUGAAGUAUAGAAUUUGUAAUCGACAUAUGAAAUUAUUGAGUUUGAAAAAUUGCCUCCAUUGACUUGCACUUUCUGUUUUAAAUAUCGACGUUUGAUAUUUUUGAAUGUUAUUAUUUAUUUUUAUCUCAUGAAAUCUUGUGUCGUCGACAUUAAGCGUCGUUAAUCUAUUACUUCGGUCAAUGUUGAUACAUGGGCGCUACGGAUAUUGAAAAGAUUAUCGAUGUUAAGAGGGUAGUGGUGUCAAUUAUGUUUAACGCCAUCUAGUGAGCGUGGGUGGUACUUAAACUUAUCGUGGCACGAUCGUAAAAUUGAAAACGCGUUUAAACACUCAUAAUUUAACCAUAUAUUUAUUACAUAGAUAUUUUGAGGUUAAUUUCUCUUCAAAUGUGGUAACUUAAUGCUGAUUACUAUUUGUUGCGUAAAAAGACAGCUAUUCUUAUACACAGUCGAAAUUUCACUUUCCGGCUUGCACGAGAAUGGUCGGUGAAGAUAUGUCAUCCGAUUCUGGCCUGUAUCUAAUCUGUGGUGUACAUCAAGACGUUAUUGCGUUUUUUCCCACAUAGGUACUAAAAUUCCCACUAAAAUUGGUGGCAAUGGGCUCCAUGCUCUUUUUGGGCGUGUCCUAUCCUAUAACUAAAACAAAAGAAUAGAACCGCUUCUUCCAAUUAAGUACCUAGUUUAUAAUUUCAUUUAUAUCAAAUAUUUAUAAAAUAGUAAUGUUGAUUAAUUAAUCAAAAUUUUUAAUUAAUUGCAAUUUUACGAUCGCGCCACGCCAUAUAUACAAAGCUGCAUAAAUAGGUUUCAGUCAAUUUGUAAUUGCGGGGUCCAUGUAUUGUGAUGUAAGGCAAAAGACUGAAACAUGUAUGAUUGUAUGCGAACAAUUUAUUUGAAUCAUAAUCAAUUUUAUUACAAUUUCAAAGCAAAAGAUAUGUAUAAAUUUUGUACAUUAUGUUUAUUUUUACGUUAUCAAAAUCAAUUCAAUUACAUUUUUAACUAAAGUAAUCUUCUCCUUUAUUAAGGCGUAAACACAAUUAUUUUUUGUGCAUAAGGGGUUUGAAUCUCUCUUCUGAAGAUGCUAUUUAUGAAGUAUGUAUGUUAUUUUUUGUGUUUCCAUGCCUCCGUUGUCUGUAUUAAUAGUAUUCAAUUGUGCCAAUAAUUUUGAUAAUUAAAGUUCAAUUUUACGUAUAAUUUAUAAGUAAUAUGACGCAAAUUACCAGGCAACAGAGCCAGCCAAUUUUAUCCUAGUCAAAUAAGUGCUAAGUCAUAGAGAAUGGAGAUAGCCUAUGGUAUAUAUAGACAAACAUCUGGACUUCGAACAUAAUUUACAAAAAUAUUUAUUUAGUUUUGAAAACUGUCAAGAAUUUGGGCAGUUGUAAGAUGUUGCUGCGCGUCCUGUUAGAAAUAUGUGCCUUAAUUUAAAUUCGAUUGAAUAGUAAUGGUUUCCAAAAUGGUGCGGGUGUUAUAUUAAUUAGCAAUUUGAAACAUAUUUACAUCCAACGACGACAGUCUAAUUAUCGGGUUUAUUCUAAUCACCGUUACAAAUAAGUUGCCUAUUUCAUCAGGGCGUCUAUAAUAAUUUAAUUCAUUAAUAAAAGGGUUCUAUUCUCUAUGCCUAUGAAAUCACAAUGCCAUUAGUGACAAAUUAUGUUAGUAAAUAUACAAAUUAAAUCUUGGAUAAUCAAUAGAUUAUUAGGAGGAUAACGAUUUAAAUAUAUUUAUACUCUGAUUUUUUAUUCCGUAGAAUUUUGACAUUCCUGUAAGUAUAGAUGUAUAGACUCGCAUUGAAAUUGAAUAAUGUGCCCGCCGAAAAGGUUUGUAAUCUCUGACAUGUCAAAAAAUGAUAGCUGUCAGAAUUCUGCGGAUUUAAAAAUUAGUGUAUAGAACUUAGUAGAUACAUAUGACCACGGUACUAUAAUAUAUUUAAGAUUUGGUCCUUCUUAUGUCGCUCAAUCAAUUGCAUGUACUAAAACGAUGAAUUUAUUUUUCGUACAUAUAUUUGGCUAAUAUGCUUUUUAUAUAGCAGUAGUAUUUGACAUAUCUAUUAUAAUUAUAUCAUUGCCGUGUUAUGGUGCACAUUAUAUAAGACAUAUACAAUAUAGCUGAAUUAUCCAAUGACGGGUUGUGAAUACAUUGCCCAAAAUAUUCAUUUUUAUCUGUGCUAUGUAAAUUUGUCAAUUUUUGUACAUAUCGUAUAGAAUAAUUUGCACGUAAAUUUCUUUUUAUAUGACGUAAGGUUAUAAUAUUAUUAAAAUUUGAUUGUAGUUUUAUUUCAGUGUUAAAAUAGGCGAAUUAACCUCAAUUACAAGUAAUUUGUAUUUUGUUAAUAGCAAUACUAUUAAUAUCGAUCCAUAGAUAUUCCAAUAACAGUAUUGCCAGCAUUUCCCAUUAUAAUAGAAUACUUAAUCUAUUGUUUGUAUUGAGAUACUCAAAGUUAUUGUUAUGUGCCCUAAUCCUUGCGAUCGUUUUCUGACUGAUGCUCACAUUUAAUAAAACGAAAUUUUUGUUUAAUCUAGCAACGUCUUAUUGUUACACAAAUAAAUUGUAAAUAAUUUCCUUAAAACAAUGGUAUGAUAAUUAGAAAAUACGCUUCUAUACAAUUGUAUCUCAUUUGUUUAGUAAUAACGAAAUAUAAAUUAUUGAAUUUGU